GAAGCCCUUGUUGCAGUAAAGAUGAGGUUAGAAUGGCUGUUUUUAUCGUUAGUGGCAGUGUCAGUGGCUGCGUCAGUGGCAGUAGUGAACGGUCAAGACGAGCUUCCGUUAGCGGCACCUUGCAAUGCCACUGCAUGCGAUCUUCCCAACUGCCAAUGUUCAUCUACGGAUAUUCCUAAAAAUUUAAAUGCUAGGAAUACGCCUCAGUUUGUAACCAUAACAUUUAACGGUGCCGUCUUGAUAACUAACAUGAUGACAUACAGACGACUCCUUUACGAUCGUUCAAACUCUAAUGGUUGCAACAUCGGCACCACCUUCUUUGUCAGACAUGAAUAUACCAACUAUCAGGAUAUCAAUGAGUUAUACAAUCGAGGUUUCGAGAUUGCCCUAAAUUCAAUCACUCAUAGAGCUCCUCAGACAUAUUGGGCAGAAGCCCCUUAUGAAGAUUUGGUGAAAGAAUUCGCGGACCAAAAAAUUCUAAUUUCUCAUUUUGCAAAUAUUUCCAUUGAUGACAUUAAAGGUGUUCGUUUUCCAUUUCUUCAAACUGCUGGUGACGCUAGCUACCAACUUAUAAAAGAUCACGAUUUAUUAUAUGAUUCAACUUGGGCUACGGUUAAUCUGCAGGACCCUGGUAUUUGGCCGUAUACUUUGGAUUACGCUUCUAUUCAAGAUUGUCAAGUUCAACCUUGCCCAACCGCUUCGUUACCAGGGGUUUGGGUGUCACCGUUGAUCACUUGGAGAGAUUUACAGGGUUUUCCUUGCUCUUCCGUUGAUGCUUGCGCCUUCGUACCAGACCUCGAGAACGAGCAAGCGUGGUUCCAAUUCUUUAUGACAAACUUCGAAAGGCACUAUCUUGGUACACGUGCUCCAUUUGAUUUGUCCGUUCCGGAGGGAUAUAUUGCCUCUUACCCUGCCGUGUAUAGAGCUCUCGAUAGGUUCAUUGAAUUUUUGACAAGACUUCCUGACGUCUUUCUGGUUAAUGAACGUGAUGUGAUUGAGUGGUCGAAAAAUCCGCUGGAUAUUGAGGAGUACCUAGAGCAGAACUGCACAACAGUUGAAUCUACUGUCUGUGAUGAAAAAUUUUGCCCACUAACCUCUGAACACAAUGACAUAACAUACUACAUGACAGUCUGCAGUGAAUGCCCAGAGACAUACCCAUGGCUUGGAAAUCCUCUCGGCGAAGCACCUUCGUCAGAGAGUACAGAGUCAUCCGAGACUACAGAGUCAUACGAGACUACAGAUUCAUACGAGAGUACCACUAUACUCUCACAUGACUCUUCAUACUAAUUGUGAAAAUUUUGUAUGCCGCAAGGCAAAUUACAGUGAUUGUGACACAUUUAUAAUAAUAAUAAUAGAAAUAAUGUAAUUAUUUAUUCCGACAACACUUGUUCAUUUUACGAUCCAAUAGUGUUAGUAAACUUACAAAAAUAUAACUACGACUAUUGUAAAUACUAGGUUAGUGGUAAUAAUA